UCUCCUAGAUAUAUUUAGUUGUUGGUUGACUCGCGUUUCGCAAACUCUAAUCAGUACUCAGUCUGUUAGGAGACGUGACUCGCGAUCCCUGUCCAUCCAACUCGAAGUCCGUCGAUAUGGCCUACUCCUGGGAUAACCGAGUCUCAUUUGUCGUACGAUACUUGUACGAUAUCGACAACAAUGGGUACUUGGAUUCCCACGACUUCCAGUGCCUGGCACUGCGCUCCUGCAUCCUAGAAGGCAAAGGAGACUGCAGUGCGGCCCGUCUACAGAAAUACCAGCACAUUAUGCUCAGCCUGUGGGAAGAAAUCACAGAACUUGCAGACUUUGACAAGAAUGGCGUCGUGUCGGUGGAUGAAUUCAAACAGGCUGUGAAAAGCUCCUGCGUCGGCAAAAAGUACCAAGAUUUUCCACAAGCACUCAAAGCAUUUAUAGAGGCAAAUUUCCGUAUGAUUGACAUUAACGAAGAUGGAGUGAUGGGGGUCGAGGAGUUCCGUUAUGACUGCAUCCAACGUAUGGUCGUAGAAGACGUCAAAUCUAUUGACGAUGCCUACAAUACACUUUUAAAUGAUGACGACCGAAGAAAAGGUGGCCUCACAUUAGCGCGGUAUCAAGAUCUCUUCGCCCAGUUCCUCAGUGACCAAAAUGACAACUGCCCAGCCAAUAUGCUGUUCGGACCUUUAGAGCAAUAAGCCGAGUUCUUCAGAAAUUAUCACGUGUACAGUCACCGUCAAAAGAAAGCGUCACCCAUUGGAUUCAAAAAUAUGGCAACACCCAUCGUUGCCAUAUAGGUACAUCGAUUCACCGAAAUUGACCAAAUACAUAGCACCAUCCAUUCGGGACAUCAUAAACAUUAUUGUGAUAAUUAAUAUGUCAACUGAAGUUAAAGUUUGUCGACACAUUACUGGACAAAUUAGACUUAACAUCUUAUGUCUCAAGGUGACGAGCGCAAUAGUAGCGCCGCUCAGAGUUUUUGGGUUUUUCAAGAAUCCUGAAAGGCACUGCAUUGUAAUGGGCAGGGCGUAUCAAUUACCAUUAGUUGAACGCCCUGCUCGUCUCAUCCCGUAUUGGUAUAAAAAAAUAUCCAUAUUUCUGAACCCCGGGUUCUGAAUUUUGGCGAUUUGUGUGUAGCGAUAUAUUUGGUGCUUUGAAUGUUAAAUGAAAGCUAUGUUUAUGACGUUUAUGGUGUCCCGAUGUACCUACUUGAGUAUUUUAGAUGACGCUUUGAUGCUGUCAUGUUUUUGAAUACAAUGGGUGACGCAAUCUUUUUGACGCUGACUGUACAGUUGAUUGAUAAGGAUUAACAUAAUCAAUAGUACAAGUACAAGUAUCAUAAAACAAAAUAAGGAAGUUGCAAAUUUUAAAUGCUCUAAAGUUUAAGAGCCAAAAGCCCUCACAACCAGUUCUCGUACAGGCGUUGCUACGUAGUUGUAGUAAAGCUAUAGCCAUCACUCCGUCCAGUGUAAUAAUUGGUAUGAGGUGUGGCCAGCCUCUGCAAUGACAGACUUUUUUUUUCUAAAAUUAAUUCUAUAGCCGCCAUGAUUUACGUAUCAAUUAUUAUUCACAGAAGGUCCACAGGCGAUAAAUCAAAAAUAACCAUUCAACCAGCAAUCGUGAGAAACAAUAAAUACUGUUGCAAAUUUUCAGGCCAUGGACAAUGGAUUGGUAAUAAGUAUUCAAAUGUUAUGUGUUUAAAUGUAACAUAAAAAAAUUCACCUUCUAAACUGUUCCUAAAUGUCAUAAUGUAUAUAAAUAAAAUGUUGUAAACGACCCUUUCAUAUGGUAACCUAAAUUUACAACGGUAUUGUAAACUUUAAACCAAUCCUUUGUUUUAAAUCUCAAACGUGUAGGUAAUUAAAGUCAUAGACAAUUACGACUUAUGAGUGUGUUUACUAGUAAUUGUUCGGCAGUCGGACGAAGUUUGAAAAAAGAACAAACUAAACCAAUCAUGAAAAUGUAAACACGCAAAACGUUCCGUUGUACGCAUAUUUUAUGAUUUGUAACAGUUUGUGUCAAAAAAAUGUUGUUUUAGUGAUUUCUGUUGUGGGAAAACUCAAGCAUUGAAUAAAUAAACUAAAUCCAAAUUUGACCAACAAAAUAAUAUAUGCGAGAAACAUACAUGACGUGAGUUGCAUCAUAAAGAGUGUUCCUAAAAUAAAUAGCUAGGUACUUACCAUAUGAAAGCGUCGUUGAUAAUAAUAAUUCUAAUUUAUUGUGGACGUUUUUAAAAUAUAUUUAAUUAUUAAGUUGAUGUUCCGUUACAAGCGCUAGUUUUUGUGGUUAUGACUACAGUAAUGUUUCAAAGUGUGACCGUAACUUUCCUAAAUGUUAUAAUCUUCGAGUGAACCUUUCGUUUAAAUAUUCCGUUAUUUGUUUAAUUACAAUAAAAGUAUAUUAAUACAUA